UUGAUACCUGGUUUGGGUAAGAUUGUGAAUAAAGGUGAAAAGAACCAUGCAGCUAUAUUGGGGAAGGAUUUAACACGCUCUACUGUUGAUGUCUGCAAUCAAGAGAGAACUGCGGGAGUCAGGGCUGCUGCUGCUUAGGAUUUGGUGCAGAGAAUAAGGCCAAGCCUGCUGCAGGAGGCGGUUGCUGUUCAGACAGCUGCAUGUUUGCAAGACCUGGAGAUCCCUUUGCAAUACUGUCAUCUGUCCCUUCAUUUCUCCAUGGACAGGGAACACUAUUGCUAACAAAACCACACUGAUUUUUGUCUGAAACCUCUUUCUUCAUACUGGAAUUACAAGCAAUACGGUCAACAUGACAUCUCUAGCAAAAUUUAAAAAGGAUAAAGAGAUCAUUGCAGAGUAUGACACCCAAGUGAAAGAGAUAAGAGCUCAGCUGUUGGAGCAGCUGAAAUGUCUCGACCAGCAAUGCGACCUGCGGACCCAACUUCUCCAAGAUUUGCAAGACUUUUUCCGCAAAAAAGCAGAGAUUGAGAUGGAUUAUUCCCGAAAUCUGGAGAAACUAACAGAGCGGUUCUUGUCCAAAACACGUGGAGCUAAAGACCAGCAAUUGAAGAAUAAUCAGAAUGUUCUUUCUCCUGUCACUUGCUGGAACCUGCUGCUCACACAAGUGAAAAGGGAGAGUCGUAAUCAUGCCACAUUGAGUGACAUCUACUUGAACAACAUCAUACCUCGUUUUGGUCAGGUCAACGAGGAUUCAGGGCGUCUAUUCAAAAAGAGUAAAGAAAUUGGGUUACAACUGCAGGAGGACCUUAUGAAAGUGCUAAAUGAGCUGUAUACGGUGAUGAAGACGUAUCACAUGUAUAAUGCAGAUAGCAUAUCUGCACAAACUAAACUUAAAGACGCAGAAAAACAGGAAGAAAAACAGAUGAGUCGAUCAGUGCGACAAGAAGAUCGCCAGACUCCUCGUUCCCCUGACACGACAACCAGCGUCCGCUUAGAUGAAAAACACAUAAGGCGCAGCUCAGUUAGAAAAAUUGAGAAAAUGAAGGAGAAGCGACAGGCCAAAUACACAGAGAACAAAGUGAAGGCCAUUAAAGCACGAAAUGAGUAUGUAUUGGCUCUUGAAGCGACCAACGCAUCUGUCUUCAAGUACUACAUUCAUGACAUGUCUGACCUGAUUGAUUGCUGUGAUCUAGGCUACCAUUCAAGUUUGCAUCGUGCCCUGCGUACUUUCCUCUCUGCUGAGUUCAACCUGCAGCACUCCAAGCAAGAGGGACUGGAGACCCUGGAGAAUGCAACAGAAAAUCUUGAUGCAACUGCUGACAAGCAACGUCUCAUGGAAACCUCCAACAAUGUUUUUUGCCCUCCUACGAAGUUUGAGUUUCAUCCACACAUGGGGGAUACAAUAUCCCAGCUCUGUGUGCAGCAACCUUUACAAGGAGAGUUGGCACAAAGGUGUCAGCAGCUCCAGUGCCGUUUGUCUACUCUGGAGAUAGAAAAUGAAGAGGUAAAAAAAACCAUGGAAGCUACGCUACAGACCAUUCAAGAUAUGGUGAGUGUGGACGACUUUGAUGUGUCAGACUGCUUCCAAUACAGCAACUCAAUGGAAUCUGUGAAGUCAACCGUGUCUGAGACCUACAUGAGCAAACCAAGUAUAGCGAAGAGGCGUGCCAACCAACAAGAAACAGAGCAGUUCUAUUUUACGAAGAUGAAGGAAUUCCUGGAGGGACGAAAUUUGAUUACGAAACUAAAAGCCAAGCAUGACAAGCUACAGAAGACCCUGGGAGAGAGUCAACGCACCGACUGUUCUCUAGCAAGUGGUCGACGAAUGUCAACUCUAAGAAAGCAGGAAUCCAAGCAGCAAAUUCCAUUGGUGGUUGAAAGCUGUAUACAGUUCCUUAGCCGUCAUGGUCUUCGACAUGAGGGCAUAUUCCGAGUGUCUGGCUCCCAAGUUGAAGUAAAUGAUAUUAAGAAUGCAUUUGAGAGAGGAGAGGACCCUCUAGAAGAUCAGAAUGACCAUGAUUUGGAUUCGGUUGCUGGUGUUCUUAAGCUCUACUUUCGGGGGCUUUCUACGCCUCUUUUCCCAAAAGAAAUGUUUCCUGAUCUCCUGAGCGGUGUUUCUUUAGACAACAUGCAAGAAAGAGCUUCCCACGUACGCAAGGUUCUCCUUGGUCUCCCUGCUUCCACUCUUGUGCUCAUGAGAUACCUCUUUGCCUUCCUCAAUAAUCUUUCUCACUUCAGUGAUGAUAAUAUGAUGGACCCUUAUAACCUGGCAAUUUGCUUUGGCCCUUCCCUGAUGUGUGUUCCUGACAAUCACGACCAAGUGUCCUGCCAGUCUCAUAUAAACGAACUAAUCAAAACCAUCAUCAUGCAGCAUGACAGUAUCUUCCAAGGUCCUUCUGAGUUGGAUGGACCUGUCUAUGUUCCUGGCGGUGUCAGCGAAGACUGUGAAAGUUCUCAUAGCGUGCCCAUCUCUUUGGACGAUUCUGUUUUGGAUAUAGCAGUUGAGAUGCACACCACAGACAAUGGCGCCUACUCCGAUAACAUUGCAUACAGCAGCAAGAGGAUUAUAAGAGGAAGUGAUGGCCCCCCUAGUGAAAGAUCUAGUCCUCGUUCUGAUUCAGAGAGUUCUGAGACACUGACUGAAGAGAAAGUUAUGACUAGAGCCAGUCUCGGCUGCUCUGUUGGAAGCCAUGUGGCGGACAUUUACCUUGCAAACAUUAACAAGCAAAGGAAGAGACCAGAUCCUGGUAGUAUCCGAAGACCAUUACACCAGAGUGACAGUCUCUCCAGCUCUGACACAUCUGAACCAGCUUCUCCAGCAGCAACUGUAAGGCCAUCUUCUCAGCCCAUCAUGAACCCAAGCUUUUAUCGCGAAGCUCCAGAUCGCUGCUCUAUCAGUGGGCAUGGAGCUGUUGGCAGCAUUAGCCGACACUCCUCACUUAGAAACAAGAUGGACUCCUCCCAAGUUCGGAAAGCAAUGGCUGCCAGCAGGUCAAAGAGUUUCAAUAAUCAUCGCCCUUUGGAUCCAGUGAUUAUUGCUCAGGAUAUUGAAGCAACAAUGAAUUCUGCCCUUAGUGAACUGCGGGAUCUAGAGCAUCAGAGCAGUGCAAAACAUGCCCCAGAUAUUGUCCUGGACACCUUGGAUCCUCUAAAGACUUCUCCUAUGGCUACUCCCAGUUCUGAGCCUUCUAGCCCUCUUCAUACUCAAGUACUGCAAGACACAGAGCCUGGUUUCCAGCGCAGCUCAAGUUCUGCCAGUGACAUCCCCUAUUCCUUCCGUACUGCCAAAUCAGUACAUCUACCCCAUUCACGGCCUCCAGCUACCCGUCCCAAGCCGACUAUGUUCCCUAGAUCCAAUCCUCUUGCUCCAAGUAGUGCGAGACCUACAUCUGGACAACAGCCUCCAGAUAAAUAUUGCCCUGUGUGAAACAGGUUAUAUAGAGCCUUCACUGUGAAUUUCAUAUUUACAAUCUUGAUUUUGUAUAUAAAGACUUGUGCUGAAGAGUGUUUAAGUGAUAACAGGAGUCCUGAU